CACCCUUCCAAACAAAACCAAAUAUAACCAACAAUGCUUCUGCUUCAUCCUCUUCAUUAUCAUCUUCUUUUUCUUCUUUCUCUGUUUCUCUAGAUGGGGUGUGGAGGGUCUAAAGAUGCGGCGGCGGUGGCCGGAAACACGGUGAGUUAUCGGAGAAUCCUAACGAAGAAAACCGAUGAUCCUAAGAGCCAAGAAAGCCAAGAGUUUUCGACAACGUUUGAGAAGUUAGAGGCUAAACAAGUUAAUGAGAAAACGGAGAAAAUUCCAGUGAUGGUGGAGAUUGUUGAGGAGGGGAAGAAGGAGAUAAAGGAGUUGCCGGAGAAAAGGUUGGAGUAUAGUUUGACGGAAAGAGAGGUCGGGAAGGAGGGCAAAAAGAUUGAAGAGAGUAAAGAGGAGAGUAGUGUUGUCGGUCUUGGUGGCGGAGAUGAGUUUUUGAAAGGUGAGAGUGAUGAGAAAGGUGAACAAGUUUUCGAGGUUAAGAAGAUUGAAGAGAGCAAAGAGGAGAAUAUUGGCGGUGGUGAUGUUGUCACUGGAGAUGAGUCUUUGAAAGAUGAGACUGAUGAGAAAGGCGAACAAAUCUCCGAGGUUGAGAAGAUUGAAGAGAGCAAAGAGGAGAAUUGUGGCAGUGAUGUUUUAAUAGGAGAAGAGUGUUUGAAGGAUGAGACCAGUGAGAAAGGUGAACAAGUCUCCGAGGUUGAGACGAUUGAAGAGACCAAAGAGGAGAAUAGUGGUGGUGGUGUUGUCAGAGAAGAGUCUUUGAAAGGCGAAGAAGCUUUUAAUUCAAAGGUUGAGAAGAUUGAAGAGAGAAAAGAGGAAAAUGGCGGUGGUGGUGUUCCCGGAGAAGAGACUUUGAAAGGAGAGAGUGACGAGGAAGGCAAACAAGUUUCCACGAAAGACGAGAAAGGGGAAAUUUCUCAGAAAGAAGAGGAUGGGAAAACAAGUGCUGAUGAUUCAGGGGAGAUGCAAAUGAAGAUAUCCACCGAUGAAUUAAAAUCAGAGACAAUUACUCAUGAAUGAAUCAGUAGUUUGUGUG